AUGUCCUCGGUCGACGAAAUCGUCCUUCCUGCUCCAGCAGACUUUCAUGUCCACGUCCGACAAGGACCGAUGUGCGACUUGGUCGUUCCUCACGUCUCACAGGGAGGUAUCAGGACAGCCUAUGUCAUGCCGAAUCUCAUACCGCCCUUGACGACCACGGACGCGGUGAUUGAGUACAGAAAUCACUUGCAAAACCUUGACCCGAAAACUCAAUGGCUUAUGACGCUGUAUCUCCACCCAGAUGUCACGCCUGAUGAGAUCAGGAAGGCUUCAAAGGCAGGUAUCAGUGGUGUCAAAUCCUAUCCCCGAGGUGUCACUACAAACAGCAGCUCCGGUAUUGAAGAUUAUACCGUCUACUAUCCCGUAUUCAGAGCCAUGGAAGAGGAAGGCAUGGUAUUGAACCUGCAUGGGGAAGUCCCCAGCGACCCGGAUCAGAACAUUUCCAUCCUCAAUGCAGAGAAACACUUCUUGACCCAUUUACGCAAACUAGCACAUAAUUUCCCAAAACUUCGCAUCGUUCUCGAACACGCUACGACAUCCGAAGCCAUCUCUACCGUCCUUGAACUCCCUUCCAACGUCGCUUGCACCAUCACAGCUCAUCAUCUCUAUUUGACAAUCGACACGGUCGCACCUCAACCUCAUCAUUUCUGUAAACCUUUAGCAAAGGAACCCAAGGAUAGGAAGGCACUACAAGAAGCCAUCAAAUCGGGGAAUCCCAAAUUUUUCCUAGGGUCUGAUAGUGCGCCUCAUCCGACAACAUCCAAGGCGCCUGGCUUGGUCGAAGGCGGAGAACCGAGUCCAUGCGCCGCUGGAGUGUAUACUAGUCCGAUCCUCGUGCCGCUCGUCGCUACUUUGUUAGAAAGUUUUGGAGCCCUGGAAAGAUUGGAGGGCUAUGUCAGUAGUCAUGGUAGAAGAUUUUAUAAUGUGCCACCGGAAAGGGGUCAAGAGCUCAAGCUGAAACGGGUCAAGGGACAGAAAGUUCCCAGCAUCCUUCGGGGCGAAGGCACAGAGGUCGUGCCGUUCUGGGCAGGUAAAGACCUGGAUUGGGAGAUCGUCGAGUAA